AUGGCGGAAUCUGUCAGCCCUAGUGUUGUUGAAUACAAUCAAACAAAAGAGGGAAAUACUGAUUCGAUGGAUCAGAAAUCAAGCCAAACCACAAUGAUUCCUGACGAAAAUGCAGUUAUUGGUGCGAAGCUGUUAUGUGAUGAUGGUAUUGAAAAGAAUGAUGACGAAAGCUUGAGUCUCGUCGGAUCGGUAGUGAAGUCACCAGAGGAUGAGUUUGGUGGUGUUGAAAAGGCUGCUUAUGUUUAUUAUUAA